CAGCCUGAGUGCGCUCUCGCCACUGCUGCUCUUCAUCCAUCUAUCUCUUCUCUUUUAUCCUCUCGCUCCCUCUAUCCAUCACUCCUCCGACUUUUAUUCUUUCUCCUCCUCUGCACUCUCUCGUCCUGUUUCCUCUCUCCUGACUCAGGUUCUUCUUCCAUCUCUCCUCUUUGUGUGUCAUCACUAAAUCCACUCUUCUUCUCUCCACGCAAGCCUGAGUGUGCAGCACCUGUGCAGACUGGAGUUUGUCGGGCCGAGGCACAAGGUUUUUUUUUUUUAUUAUUAUUUUGUGAGUGUGUGUGUGUGUGUGUGAGUGUUGAACAGUGGAAGGAGGGGAGACAACACCCAGGAACACCUGAGCAACAUUUCCUCAAGAUAUGUGGAGACUUAGGAACUGAUCUCCCCCCUUCAGCUUCUUCCCCAAGCUGUUUGUUUAUCUGCUUUUUCAUUGCAACACCUGGAAUGCUUAACGUGGACUGAUGGAUGUUUCCGAACUCUGCAUUCCUGACCCUCUCUGCUACCACAACCAGUUGUUAACCAGAAUGCCAACUGAGGACCGACAUCUGUCCUCAAGCUGUGGUUCUUACGUCAAAACCGAGCCCUCCAGUCCUUCCUCUUCACUCGUCGACACCGGCAGCCACCACAGUCCCAGCGGCAACUCCGACGCCAGCGGCGGCUACAUCAACGUCGGUGUGGGACGCACUCAUACCCUGGACUCCCCGCCAAUGUUCAACCCGGGCAUGCUGGGAAGCGGCGCCGCCUGCCUUCGCCGAUACGAGGACUGCUCCGGCAGCAUGGCGGACGACUCACCAAUCAAAUGCGAGUACAUGCUCAAUGCCAUUCCCAAGAGGCUGUGCCUGGUGUGCGGCGACAUCGGCUCGGGGUACCACUACGGGGUGGCCUCCUGUGAGGCCUGCAAAGCCUUUUUCAAAAGGACGAUACAAGGGAAUAUCGAGUACAGCUGUCCGGCCACUAACGAAUGUGAGAUCACCAAAAGGAGACGCAAAUCGUGUCAAGCCUGCCGCUUCAUGAAAUGUCUUAAAGUUGGAAUGCUGAAAGAAGGUGUGCGUCUGGACCGGGUGAGAGGCGGGCGACAGAAGUACAAACGAAGGCUGGACGCAGAGAACGGAGGCUACCUCGGCCUCACUCUCCCCCCUCCUGCCAAAAAGCCAAUGACAAAGAUCGUUUCCCAUCUGUUGGUGGUGGAGCCGGAGAAGAUCUACGCCAUGCCUGAUCCCACCAUGCCCGACGGCGACAUCAAGGCCCUGACCACGCUGUGCGACCUGGCCGACCGCGAGCUGGUGGUCAUCAUCGGCUGGGCCAAACAUAUCCCAGGGUUUUCCACUCUCUCGCUGGCAGACCAGAUGAGUCUGCUGCAGAGCGCCUGGAUGGAGAUCCUGGUGCUGAGCAUCGUGUUCCGCUCGCUGCCCUGCGAGGACGAGAUCGUGUACGCGGAGGACUACGUGGUGGACGAGGAGCAGGCCAGGGCGUCCGGCCUGCUGGACCUGCACGUCGCCAUCCUGCCGCUGGUGCGACGCUACAAGAAGCUGCGCAUGGAGAAGGAGGAGUUUGUCACGCUCAAAGCCAUCGCCCUCGCCAACUCAGACUCCAUGCACAUAGAGAACAUCGAGGCCGUCCAAAGGCUCCAGGAUUCUCUCCACGAGGCCCUGCAGGACUUUGAGGGGCCCCAGCACCCGGAGGACCCUCGGCGGGCAGGCAAGCUCCUCAUGACCCUGCCGCUGCUCCGUCAGACCGCCACCAAGGCCGUUCAGCACUUCUACAGCAUCAAAAUGCAGGGCAAGGUCCCGAUGCACAAACUAUUCCUCGAGAUGUUGGAGGCCAAGGCUUGACACCCGGGGCCAGAUGCUUGACAGGCAGCUGCAUUGCCCAAUGCGAGGCGAGGGACAGCCCGUGAAAACGAAGGCAGCGUGCCGACUGACAGUGAAGGGAUGAAGCUUUGGACUACUGAGUCAUUUUAACACUUUUAAAUCGUAUUAAACAUAAAGAGAAAACGGAACUGGAGGGGCUCGAAUAUCAACCUGAUUGAUGUGGGAUCACGAUGAUGUAUAUAAAGAUGUUGUGUACAGAAAUCAGGCAACUAAAGGUCUUGUUAUAACCAGAGACCCACUGCUGUAUAUCACCUGAAGCUUCUGUGAAUUUGUUUCUUAUCUUAUUUUCAUCUCAAAAUGAAAAGUGUGUUAAUUUAAAUGUCCUGAAGAACUGCGUGGCCACGUGACGGCCGCAUUACGUGUUUGUUUUGUUUUUGUUUUUUUCCUUUGGUAUUUUCUAAUCUCAGUUGUUGAAGCAAUAGUCUCUAACUGGUCUGCAUAUAAUAUGUGUACUGUAUAUUGUGUGAACUUGC